UAGACCCGCAAAUCCCUCUCCAGAAACGAAAAAGAUCAUCAUCAUCUCGUCACGUUCCCCAUUUCUUGAACAUUGUUACUGCAACAUUCAUUUCCCCCAAUUCUUUAACAAAUCUCUGUGAAAGCAACUCUGUAAUUCUGUUCUUGGUGAGUUUUGUGAGACAGAAAUCAUAACAAGGCAUGACAACAAUUCGAAAUUUCUGCUGUAAUGAUCUUCUUGGCAUAACUCCUAUACUAAUGGAUCAGUUCUCAUCAACACAAAACGGCAAACCAAUAGAUCAAGCAAAGAUGUCAUGGUAUUUGAACCAACUUGCGAAAUUGUCUAGAUACUUCUUUGUUGCUGAGUCCCCUGGCAAUCGUGUUACUGGUUACGGUACUGCAAGAAUUGAAGGAACCAAUACAACAGCGAAAGGAUGCAUUGUAACUCAUGUUGCUGUUUAUGAGACUUCUGACAUGUACGAUGCUGUGGAUUGUUUGAACAUAAUGCCCUCAACCAACCUAACUCACAUAGGCCUCGAAGAAAUGUUAAAGGGUUCCCGAUAUGUCAAUCAUUUUUAAGGUCUCACAGAAAAUACAACAU